AUGGUACACGUCCCCAAAGCAAGUCCCAUCAACCGCACCCAAAAUUCAAAACCAUCCCACUUACCCCUCCUUCUCCCCUCCGGCCCACAGCUCAAAGUCAAACCGCGUCGAACGGCGCACAUCCAACCCUGUGCGAUCGAGCUCUCGGCGAUGUUGACGUGUUGGGCCGCGUCGGGCGACUUGGCCAGCGUGGACAAGUGCAAGGAAUCGGCCGCCAAGUUGCACGAGUGCAUGCAGAAACCUGUACGUUCCUGCCAAAUCCCUUCGACCCGCGCAAGCGUGUCGGCCCGCGAGGGAGGGUGCGACCCCUGCUCAGAGUUCUGACCUCUUUUACUUUGGUGUGGCUCGUCACAUCACAGAAAAUCGGAGGAAAGGCACGAGCUCCUACCAUCAACUAUCAUCUAUCACGGCUGUAA